AUGCUCCUCCAGGUGCUGCUGCUGCUGCUGCUGCUGCUGCUGCUGCUGCUGGGAGGCUGCCCAGGACGCGGCGCUUUGGCGCGAGCCCAGGGCAAGCUUGGCUGCCGGGGUGGCGGACAUCUGCGGACAGGCAGGCAGGCAGCGGAGGCCAAGCAGCUGCGGCUGUUCGCCACCCUGGACGGCAAGCAGCAGGCCGCGGACGGCAGCGCCGGCGGCGGCGGCGGCAAGCCCGCGGCGCCGGCGGUCGGCGCCGUCACCAACCCGCAGCAGCGGCUGGAGUUGCUGGCGGCAGGCUCCAGCUCCAAAUGGAGCCCCUUCUACGCCGUCAGCGCCCGCCACGACAUGCACACCACCGCCCUCCUCACGCACUGCAUCUCUCUGGGCCACCAGAGCAGCGGCCAGCUGGCCGGGUUCGACAGGGACCUCAGCCGCUGCGGCGGCUGCGAGGCCGGCAGCCAGGACGGCCAGCUGGCGGCGGCGCUGGCGGAGCAGCUGAACCUGAUGGAAUCUCCCUGCUUCGGGGUGCCCGGCAUCUGCCGCUACACGGCGGCUCGGGCCGCCUGGCUGGCGGGCCAGCUGCGGCAGGGCAUCGAGGAGGACGCGCAGGUGGUGGUCCUGCGCUCCGGCCUCAGCACUUGGUCCCACGCCAUGUCCCAGCCAGGGGUGCAGUUUUACGAGGUCGACUCCCGCCAGGCCUGCCAGCGCAAGCGGGAACUGCUGGAUGAGGUGGCGCCAGGCUGGCGGCGCGCGGCGCGGCGGCCGCGGUUUGUGGAAGUCGACUUCAGCGGCGGCCUCAAGACGCUCAUCACAGAGCUGACGGGGGCCGGGUUCGACCCCUCCCUGCGCUGCUGCAUCGUGGCCGAGGGCCUGCUGGCCUACCUGUCCCAGGACCAGGCUGACAGCCUGAUCACCGACCUGUCGGCCCUGUGCGCCCCUGGCAGCCGCCUGCUCUUCGACUUCCUGCACGCAGACGCGCUGGAGGGCGGCAGCGGCGAGCUGCCUGGGUUUGCCAGCCUGGCAGAGGCCGCGGCCAACAAGGGGUGCCCGCUCAGGAGCGGCAUGAGGCCCGCCUUCUCGGCGAUGGUCAAACUCUUCCAGCCCCACCGCUUCAGGGUGAUGCAGGUGCUGCCGCCCCACCAGGUCGCCGCCUUCUGGCGCCAGCAGCAGCAGACGCAGCAGCAGCAGAAGCAGCAGAUGCAGCAGCAGCCGGGCCCAGGCGCCGGCGGCAAGCGGGCCGCGGCCGCGCUGGGCGCCAAUGGCAAGCAGCCACCCGUGGAGGCGGCGGCGACAGCGGCGGGCCCUGCCAGCGGCGGGGCGCUGCCCUACGUUCCCGAGUUCUUCGGCUUUGUGGCGGCGGUCAAGAUAGACUCCCGCCUGCUCCUGCGGCGCGCCGUCAGCGGCUCCUGCCCCGCCGCAGGUGACGCCGCCGCCUCCGGCCUGGCCGGCGGCGUGUCGGGCUGGGUGGCGGCGGGAGCGGCGGCGGCCAUGAGCAGCCCCUCCUGCAUCGUGCGCAGCCUGGCCUUCCUGCUGUGGGGAGGCGCCAGGCUGCACGCGCCCCAGGCUGCCCGCGCGGCCGCAUCGGACGCGGCGGCGGCACCGCUGCUGCCGCCUGCAGCGCCAGAGCGGCAGCCUUCAGCAGAGUUCACAAUCGCUGCUGCACCCAUGCCGCCAGCUGGCGAGCAGCAGCCGGGGGGCGCCGGCCUGGACCGCGCGCUUUCCAUCCUGCCCAGGGGCCGGAUACCUGGCAGUGCCGUGCGCGGCAGCAGCGAUUCGGGGCACCUCAUGGCAACUGGCAGCAGCAGCGGUGAAGCCUACAGCGGCAGCAACGACGGCGGCAGCAGCAGCAGGGGCAGGAGCCCCAGCGUUGGGAGCGGCGGCGCGGCAGUGGCACCGCUGCUGCUGCCUGCAGCAGGGGCCCAGGAGGCGGAGGAAGCCUGGCCUCUCCAGUCCGUCUUCUCAUUUUCUAACUUUUUCUAA